AGAGAGAGAGAGAGAGAGAGAGGGACAGAUCUGUGAAGUUGGGAUCUUUCCUUUUUCACUUUCUUCGUUGUCUCUCUCUGUCUACACGCUUGUGAGCUUUUAGUGUGUUGUGUUUUCUGCGCCACUUUCUCUCUACUGUUCUCUCCUCUCAUCUAACCUCACGGCAUCACUUUUUGCAAUCUUUAGCUGAAGCCUAAUUUCAACAACUUAGUUUCAAAUUUCUUCUUAAACUUUUUGAUCUCUCUCUCUCUCUCUUUUCCAAUAAGAAACAUCUGCUUCUAAUAGAUUUCUGGGUCUAAAUCCACUUUCUAUUUUUGGGCAUUGAUCUUUAUUCUUAGGUUAACUAUAGAUUGAAGCCAAAGAAACCUUUUUUAUUUUUAUUUAGAUUCUCUAGGUUUCUCUAAAUUUCUCAACUACUGCAAAAGAGUUUUGUUACGUUUCUUUUGAUCUUGUGGGAUUCUGUUUUCAUCUUAGACGACUCCAAAUUCCAAUUUUUAAUUUGUGCGUAAAUGGUGGUGAAGAUGAUGAAGUGGCGGCCAUGGCCGCCGUUAGUAACGAGGAAGUACGAGGUGAAGCUUGCGGUGAAGAAGCUUGAGGGUUGGGAUCUAGUGCGUGAAGGUGUCCCGGAGAAGGAGGAGAGAUUAACGGUGGAGAUUCGCUGGAAAGGUCCUAAGGCGACAUUGGGAUCUUUGAGAAGGACGGUGAAGAGGAACUUUACCAAGGAGGCACUGGGCGAAAGCGAUGUCGUUUCGUGGGAUGAUGAAGAGUUUCAGAGCUUAUGCUCUUUCACUUCUUACAAAGACAGUUUGUUUUAUCCUUGGGAGAUUGCUUUCUCUGUCUUCACCAAUGGAAUGAAGCAAGGACAGAAGAAUAAAGCUCCUGUUGUUGGAACUGCAUUUUUGAAUCUUGCUGAAUACGCGCGAGUGACCGAUAAAAGAGAAUUCGAUAUAAACAUUCCUCUCACACUCUCUGCUUGUGUUGCCUCCGAGCCACAUCCAUUGCUCUUUGUAUCAUUGAGCCUGCUUGAGCUUAGAACCACUCCAGAAACAUCAGACUCUUCGACACAAACUGCGGUUGUGCCUGUGCCUGUCCUUGCCCCGUUUCCAUCACCACAACAGCCUACUGAAACUCAGUCAAAUGAGAAGGAGGAUGUUUCUGCAAUCAAAGCUGGUCUCAGAAAAGUCAAGAUUUUUACAGAGUAUGUUUCUACAAGGAAAGCCAAAAAGGCUUGCCGGGAAGAAGAAGGCAGAUUCUCAAGCUUUGAAUCAUCAGAGUCUCUUGAUGAUUUCGAGACAGAUUUUGAUGAAGGCAAAGCAGAUUUAAUGAGUGUGAGAAAAUCUUUCUCCUAUGGACCUUUGUCUUAUGCAAAUGGUGUGGGAAUUUCGUUGAACUGUGGUGCGAAAAUUAGCGACGAAGACGAAGAUUGGGUUUAUUAUAGCCACAGGAAAUCUGACGUAGGAGCAGGUUGCUCGGACGCUGAAGAUCCCGCUGCAGGUUUGGUCUAUGAGACAUCACUUCUUCCACGGCGUAGCAUAUUGCCAUGGAGAAAGCGGAAAUUGAGCUUCAGGUCGCCGAAAUCCAAAGGAGAGCCUUUGUUAAAGAAGGAUAAUGGAGAAGAAGGUGGAGAUGACAUUGAUUAUGAUCGGAGGCAACUUAGCGCAGAUGAAGCUCAUCCUCAUUUUGGGAGCAAAGUUGAUGAAGAUUCAUCUGCUAAUCCUCGAUCUUCUUUCUCGGAGUUUGGAGAAGACAGUUUUGCCAUUGGAAGUUGGGAGGAGAAAGAAGUGACAAGCCGAGAUGGACACAUGAAGCUUCAGACAAAUGUCUUUCUAGCUUCGAUCGACCAGAGAAGCGAGCGAGCAGCUGGUGAGAGUGCCUGCACCGCUCUUGUAGCAGUUAUUGCGGAUUGGUUUCAGAAGAAUGGUAAUCUCAUGCCGAUCAAGUCUCAGUUCGAUAGUCUGAUCAGAGAAGGUUCUUUGGAGUGGAGAAACCUAUGCGAAAACGAAACAUAUAUGCAGAAAUUCCCGGACAAGCAUUUCGAUCUUGAUACCGUUCUACAAGCAAAGAUCCGUCCUCUAACAGUCAUCCCUGGAAAAUCUUUUGUUGGGUUUUUCCACCCUGACGGGAUGAUCAACGAGGGGAGAUUCGAGUUUUUGCAAGGCGCUAUGUCGUUCGAUAGUAUUUGGGCUGAGAUUAUCACUCUUGAGGAAAGCUCGGCGAAUAGCGAUAGUUAUGAUGAUGACUCUCCACCACAUGUUUACAUUGUGAGUUGGAAUGAUCACUUCUUUGUCCUCAAAGUAGAGAAGGAAGCUUACUAUAUCAUUGACACACUUGGAGAAAGGCUUUACGAGGGUUGUGAUCAAGCUUAUGUUUUGAAAUUCGACCAUAAAACCGUCAUCCACAAGAUUCUUCAUAAAGAGGAAGCAGGAUCCGAAUCAGAACCUGAAUCAGAGAUUCUGUGCAGAGGGAAGGAGUCAUGUAAAGAGUAUAUUAAGAAUUUCUUGGCUGCGAUACCAAUUAGGGAGUUGCAGGAGGAUAUCAAGAAAGGAUUAGCCUCGACGGCGCCUGUUCAUCACCGUUUACAGAUCGAGUUUCAUUACAGUACAGAUGUAGAAAUUGCGGUCUGAAAGCCUAGGCAGAGUUGCUAACGUUUUGUUGAGUUUUUUUGUUAGUUUUGUAACUCUUUCUUAGCUUAGCUAACUUGUGAAUGUGAUCUAGAGUUGAAUCAGUUUGUAUCUAACUAAACAAAUUAACAUUUUUGCUCGUUUUAUUUCUCUUGACUCA